AUGCUAUUUAACUAUGACUUCAAGGCUUGUGAUCAUGUAGUAAAAAGCUCGUACAUAAAGGAAGCUUAUGAAAAGGACCGGAAACUUGAGAUCCAUUUGAUGCCCCAGCUGAACGCAAAGCACUUUGAUUUGACGUUCUGCUCAAAGAUGUCGGUGAAACUAGCGGCCCAAGUUUUUAGCAACCAUUGUGCUGCUGCAAUGUAUGCCUUCGUAACGUUCCAGCUAUUGCCAGCUGCAGCUAUCCACACAGCGAGAUUCGUUGAAAGAAUCGACCGUCUCUUUGACAGCCUAAAUAGCCCCCACAAAUCGGCCAAAACGCCCUUCGCCUCUGCGAUGCAUAAUGGCUCUGUCCAUGAAGAGUUUUUGAAAGGGCGCAUUGAAGUUUUUGAAACCCUGCAAGUACUCGGAUGUAGACAGCAGCCAAACUGCAUUCGUGGCUUUUGCUUAACAAUGAGGUCUCUGAUGAUGCUCUCCAAUGACCUCACAGUUAAUUUUGGUUUCACCUAUAUUUUAACCCGCCAGUUAAACCAGGAUACGCUUGAAAACACCUUUGCUAUUAUACGUUCGAAAUCUGGAGCAAACGCAAACUCUACUUCUCGUCAGUUUCAGGCAGCGUUCAGACAUCUUUUGGUAUGCAACUUGUUCAAGCUGACUGAAAAAUCAAACUGUGCUGAGGACAUGAUGUCCCUCCUUGCUACUCUUCCAGUAGGCCCAUCGGCACCCUCUGGUUCUCUACCCUUGGGAAGCUCAAUUUUCCUUAGCGCAGCAGACGAUUCGCCCUUAAACUACCCUUCGGCCAUGGUAGCGAACAACAUGGUUUAUUUUGCUGGGUGGCUUGCGACAAGAUUUUUGAAGGGUCAUUCUUGUGUCGGGACAUCUCAGAGAUGUGAGUUGAAGAAAGAGAAUGCAUGUUUUUCUGAAGGAAACCAAGUGUUACUGUACUUGAGUGUAAAAGGCACUGCUGACUCGGACUUUGGAAACCUGUCAGUUCCCUCCCCUUCUUUCUCAUCAUUCGUUGAGGCAUGUGAGCGUGUUUUCGAGGCGAGGAUGAACAACCUCAUUUCAAAGGAGGGCAUAGGGAGCACUCUUUGUGUACUUUUUCAUCAUGAGGUCCAAAAGUCUCUUGUUGUGUGUAACAACAAUGUGUUUGACGACUUGUUUUCUCUGUUUGCAAAAGUCAGGCUACACUGGUUUGCACGAAAAAAAAACAAACACUGA